AUGUCUCUGGAGGCAAACCAGAUCGAGGCAGGCCACAAUAUCUUAGCAGCCUUAUUUGCCUGGUUAACCUGCGCCGGGUUCGUUACGUUGCCGGAUACCUUUACCUCCCUUCAGAAUUCGACUGCUCUCGGUGCAAACCCGGGGGGCCAAAUCGUCCAGGAAGCCGUUCGAAAUCUCCAGCUUCUGCCGCUAGCCGCUGUGCCAUCUACGAGAUUGCAAUGCCAGCAAAUUAAGGAACCAUACGGACUUUCUGCGCAGGCUCGCCGGGCAUCUAGCUUUACAGAGACAGGUUCGAAUAGCCAUAGCAAAGAUGCCAAACCCUUCGCCCGAACCGGCGGGGACGGCGGUGGUUCAAGCAGGGAGAGUUCGGCCAAUUCGAUAUCCGAGGCGGACGAGCUCACCCGAUAUCAAUUCUGCACUUCGCACCGCGAGACAGCGAUUGGCAGCACUUAA